AUGGCAAGGCUACACCAUGGAGAUGCUACUCUGCCAAGCUUCAUGGUCACCUUCAUUUGCCUGCAGCUCCUGCCUGCUGGAAACGGAAAAUCAGAUUUCCGUGUCCUUGGACCUCCAGACCCACUUCUGGCAGUAGUUGGGCAAGACAAAGAGUUGCCUUGCAAGCUGACACCCAACAUCAGUGCGGAGGGCAUGGAGCUGAGGUGGUACAGGGACCAGCCCUCACCAGCUGUGCAUGUGCACAAGGAUGGGGAGGAUGUGUAUGGCGAGCAGAUGGAGGAUUACAGGGGAAGGACCACGUUCAUCGGCAACCACAUGGUCAGAGGAGAGGUCGCGGUGAGGAUACGCAAUGUCACCGUGUUUGAUAACGGGACUUAUCACUGCGUCUUCAAGGAGCACACAUCCCACAGCCAGGCCACCCUGUGGUUGAAGGUGGCAGGGCUGGGCUCAUCACCCAGAAUCCAAGUGAUUGACAGCCAGGACAAAAGCCUUCGGGCAGAGUGCACCUCAGCAGGCUGGUUCCCAGAGCCUAAGGUGAAGUGGCUGGACCUCAGAGGACAGCCAGUGCCAGCUGAGACUCACUUCUCAGCCUCAGCCAGCACUGGCCUCUUGGCUGUGGUGUCCGUUGUGACUUCCCAGGACAGGGCUGUGGAGGGUCUGACUUGUUCCAUCUCCAACCCCCUCCUCCCUGAGAAGAAGGUGGCUGAGACUUACCUGCCUGCUGCCCUGUUCAGAAGGCCUCCGUCCACGGAGAGGGGACCAGCUCUGCCUCUGAUCCUCACGGCGUUGGGGCUUGUCACGGCAGCUAUUGCCUGUGCCUUCGGGAGAUCGAACAAAGAGGAUGAAAGUGAGGAAGAAGUGCAUCCAGGAACCAGUGCUGAGGCUGAGGCUGAGCCCUUCCACACCAGCCUGUCCCUGGACCCUGAAACCGGGAGCCCCAAACUCAUAGUGUCUGAAGACCGGAAAAGUGUGAAGCGGUUGUUAUUUGACCAGGACUUGUUUCCCAAUUCUAAAAGAUUUGACCAAGACCCUUGCAUCCUGGCCCAAGAGCGGUUUGAUACAGGGAGACAUUACUGGGAGGUAGAGGUCGGGGACAGGCGGGCCUGGAUUCUGGGUGUGUGUCUGGAAAGUUUGGGACGGGAAGGAAGGAUCCCCAAGUCACCUCAGCAUGGCCUCUGGGCACUGGAGUUUUACAAGAAGAAACUCCAGGCCCUCUCCUACCCCAGGACUCGCCUGUCUUCUCCACAAUCGCUCUGGCGUGUGGGUAUCUUCUUAAACUUUGAGGCAGGAGAAAUCUCCUUUCACAAUGCAGCUGACGGUUCCCAGAUCUAUGUGUUCUCUGGGCUGUCUUUUUCUGGUCCCUUACAGCCAUUCUUCUGCCUCUGGACCCAUGACCCCAGGCCCCUAACCGUCUGCUCAGUGGUCAGAGAGGAGGAAGAAGACACAGAAUCUUCUGGAGGUCCUUGA